CGUUAAACUGGAAAUCCCGUUCGGAACAUUUGUUUUGUAGGCGUUAAUUACGUUCUGUACUAACAAUUGUACUUGAUUGAAAUAUUAUAUCUGGAAUCAGUUUAGUGAAGCCUUGCAGAUAUGUAAGUAGCGUAGUGGCACUUAAACUAAUUUCAAUAUAAAAAUAAUGAAAAAAAUCAUAAAAUAUGCCAAACCCUUAUAAACCACAUAGUAACGUAUAUUACACUGUCGUGGAUGUGACGAGUGCUUCGCAAAAAAGUGCAUCAGUUUCGCCAAACAUUUCCGUAAAUAUACUAAGCACAACACACGUUCCUGGUGUGUCUACCAGAUAUCGUAGCUCUACCGACCUGAGGCACUAUAUAAAUACUUCAAAACGUUUUGCGCGGUUUAGUCUAGGUUCUACAUUCUUGACCAUCGUGCUGGCAUUGCUACUGUCCACAUGUCGAGCUGAGUCCGAUGAAAGUGAGGAAGUUACGCUGGACUCAAAUCCAGCGACAAUUCUCUACACUGCAAAACCUUCAACGACGCCAAAAACGAAUGUUUCUUAUGACGAAUCACCAACAACCCAGUUGACAACAAUCGAAUCAACCAAAGAAGCAACAAACGAAACAUCAAAUUAUUCAACAACCGAAUCCAUCGAGCCACCAACGACUGAAUCAACCAACUCAUCGACCACCGAAGCACCGCGAGUUUGCAGUCCCAUCCAGGUCCUGUACCAGAAAAUCCAGGACGAGCUGGAAAAAAUCGUCACGGAAAUCAGCAAGUUCCAGCAGGAAGCCAUGUCGAAAAUUUCCGCAAACGAGCAGCAACAUCUUCUGCUGCAGCAGGUUCCUGCGUCAGCACCUGCAGCGGGAGCGGUACCCGCUCGAAUGAACCUGAUUCAGCUGUGGAACAUGGUUCAGCAACUGCAGCAAAGCCAGCAGCUUUCGGCCAGCCAGCAACUGCUGCAGCAAGCAGCGACGAUGAGUCCACCAGUUACGCAAGGUUCCACUAGCAGGUAGUGUUGUGUGGUUGUUGCUAGGAAAAUAAAUAAUCUGUGUAACUUAAA